GCUUGAAUCGUUGCGAGGAAAAAGCAGGUAGUUUUCAUAUGUCUAGAUGUCAACAAGCUGUAAUAAUUGAAUUGGAUGAAGACUAUUUGGCCCAGUGUACUCAUUGCCGAUAUGCCUUUUGUAAAAAAUGCAGCGAAACAUUUCACUCCCAAACAAUGUGUCCCAAAGACUAGAUAAUUGAACAAUUAAAACGAAAAAAACAGGAACAAUUAGACCGUGUACGAGAACAGCAUGUUCAACAAGAGGCAAAACAAGCUCAAGCAGCUUCGCGGAAAGUAAUGACCGUCCCAGCUAAAAAGCCUCAAAAAUAUCUCGAACUCUCAUUGACACAAGCUGAAGAAGAUUUGUUACUACAAGAAAUAUUGACAGCCGAGCGAAUGGACCUUCUCAAUACUCAACCGUGUCCUGGAUGUCAUGUCCGUAUUGAGAAAAAUGGCGGUUGUACACACAUGCACUGCUCGAGAUGUGAUCUUCAUUUUACGUGGAAUACUAGUUUACAAAUAAUGCAACCGAGAGGAGGUGUUUUCCGCACGAAAUCAACAACAGACUUUCUCGAAACUGAUACAAUUAAGCAGCAAUUAGAACAUCGACCAGUGUUAAAAGUUGAUGAGUCUUCUGCAGCAGCUGAAGAGCAAGAGGAAUCUAAAUUUGUUAUUAAUAAUCAGACGGUUGUUGGUGCAAUCAUGUUUAAUCGAAUGAGAAAAUGCCCGAGUAAAAUUUGCAAAAAUAUUAAUGUUAAAAUAGGCCACGAUAAUUGGGGUGAAUGUAGUGCAUACUCAAGACAAUUUUGUUUUCUAUGUGGCAAACAGGUGAAUGGCCAACGACAUUUUGAGAAGAACUGUCAGCGUUAUAUGCCUAUUCAGUAA